CCGAUUAAGUCGCCUUUCUUCCCGGGCAGCUGUUGGCGUCUGGUGAGCAAACACCUCCACACCGCGGCGAGGUUUCUGAAGAAAACUGGAACUGAGCACAGGUGGUUGGACCGGCACUUGAAGGAUCCCUUUGUCAAGGCAACAAAGCAGCAGCAUUACCGCUGCCGAAGUGCCUUCAAAUUACUGGAAAUUGAUGACAAACUUCAUAUUCUUCGUCCGGGACUUUCCGUUCUUGACUGUGGAGCGGCGCCUGGUGCUUGGAGCCAGGUUGCUGUAGAGAGGGUCAAUGCAUUAGGUACCGAUCCUGCUCUGCCCACCGGCUUCGUCCUUGGCGUUGACCUCCUGCGGAUUUCUCCUCUGGAAGGAGCAGUCUUCCUGUCGGAGGCUGACGUGGCAGACCCAGGCACCCUGAAGACAAUCCAGAGUCUGCUUCCUGCAGAGAAGGUGGAUGUUAUCUUGAGUGACAUGGCACCUAAUGCGACAGGCGUUAAAGAACUGGAUCAUCAGAAGCUGAUCAAUCUAUGUUUAGGCCUUCUGAAUCUGUCCCAAAGUAUUUUAAAGCCAAAAGGAACGAUGCUCUGUAAAUUCUGGGAUGGACGUGAGUCCCGUCUUCUGCAGAACAGACUGAAGGAGCAAUUCCAGGAUGUGAGAACUAUAAAGCCUCAGGCCAGUCGGAAAGACUCUGCUGAAUCUUAUUAUUUGGCAAGACUGUACAAAGGGAAAUGAAAGCUGAGAACCGCAGGUUUUCAAAAAGGUGAUCAGGCAUUAACUGGAAAUCCGUAUUUGGCGUGUGUUUAAAGAAAACCCCCAGCAUUAAGACCCUGGGUAAAUCUGCCACAGUUCUUACGAAGUACACCAUGCUUUUCAAAUACAAAAAUAAACUGGAGUGGUGUCCUACUGAGUUUAUCCACUAAUUAUACAAGCAGAGACAUCCAAUCUAGCUUCUCACCUGUGGAGAAAACGGUUGGGAGUGGAGAGGAGUAAUCUGAAAGGCAACCUCUGGGUCUGGAGCAAUGGAAAUGAAAAUAAA